AUGAUCGCGCCCGCUCCAUCAACCUCGCAUUCUGCGCGUGCCAGCGUCUGCUCCGAUGACCAUUUGAGCGGACAGCCACAGAACCGGCCUUCUUCGCUGUAUCGACAGUUCUCGAAUGACUCAGUAGACCCAAACAGUAUGGGUGUCUCUAGAAUGUCUUCAAUGCCUACAUACGCUGAUUCGCCUUCUUUCGCAUCCGAUGCCGCAUCUCAUGCUCCAGUGCAAGUUGACGAUUCACCUCUAUACCCCGAAUCUGUCUCUCACGGACUCUCGCCAGAAAGCGGUAUUCUCACCACACGCGGUGGUAAAAGUUUUCAAUUCCCGCCCUCCAUAGGGAUUCGCAAUAUGCCUGGCGCCAAUAAGGUUAGAGUCUUAAAGACUCCACGUGUGCGACGCCGUCCUAAGACUACUACAAAGCCCGACAAAGCCGUCGAUCUCGUUAUCACAGCACCACUGAGCCAGCUGACCAAGCAUAUGGUUCACAUUCCAAUCAAGGACAUGGACGCCUGGGUUAACCGCACGGUCGAAGUGCGACGUAGAGAAGUUGCGCAGAAGAAUGGCAAGAUCGCCAGGCCUAUGAAUUCAUUCAUGCUCUACCGAUCUGCUUACGCCGAACGAACAAAGCAGUGGUGCUCACAGAACAAUCAUCAGGUUGUUUCGCGCGUAUCGGGUCAAAGCUGGCCCAAGGAACCGCCCGAGGUCAGGGAGAAGUACGAGUAUCUUGCUCUGAUCGAGAGAGACAACCACCAGAGAGCACACCCAGAAUACAAGUUCGCUCCCAAUAAGACGCAAACCUCACCCCGAAAGAAGCGUCCCUUGGAUGAUGAAGACAGCGAGGCGGAUGAAAAUGUGUACCAUGGUCCACUCAACGCGUCCCCCAUGCCUCAUAAGAUCAUCAAAUCCUCCGGGUUAAACAGUGGCUACAAUAGUCGUGAAUCGACGCCAUUUGACAACCAAGACUCCGUUUUGCCUGAGCCAUAUCACCACAACCCGUGGCCAGUGUCUGUUGGCCGUCACCUGCCACCACGUAUGAUGGCAGGCCCCGAGCAGCAACACCAUGGGUAUUAUGUGAGCACGCAUGGAUCGUACCCGAACAUGAUCAGGCCGUCUGAUGAUUCGCACCCCGCUGCACGACAGGGUGGCUUUGCCGUGAACGGCGUAUAUAACACGUCGACUGGGCUGGCUGGUAUUCCAGGAAGCAUCAACCAGGAACUGCUGCGACCGUAUGGCAGCAGUAACAACAACACCAGCAGCGCAGCCGCUACGGCUACGGCUACCGCCAGUAGUGGCAGUACCGGCAACAACAAUAAUCAUAGCAAUGCUCACGUUGCGACUCGAAUGGAUGACAACCAUCUAGAUCCACAGCUGCUAUCUUCCCACCAAGCUGGAAUUGACAUGCGUCCAUACAAUAUGUCUACUUUGUGGCAUCACGAUCAUCAGGGCCUGGGUCCUUAUAUGCCCAUGAGCAGUUCCAUGGGGAACCACCAUGGCCUUGCCUACAAUUCGUUGACGGCAGCUUAUGGUAGCAUGCAGCAGCUAGAAGAAGGACAGCCUGUAUGGACUCAGGGGGAAGAUGAUGGAAUUGCCGUUCCAGAAGUCGGCAAAGACUUCGAUCAAUGGAUCCACUCCCAGAAUCAUCAUGCAGUAUAUGGUUCACAGUGA